UGGAGGAGGAUAUGGCGGAGCGCAGACUGGCGCCGCGGGGCCUCUCCGCUCUUCGCCCCGCCCUUGGGGGGCAGCGGCCGCGUGACGACCGGCGCCCGGGAGCGUGGUGGCGAUGGCGGCGGCGGCGGCUCUGGCGCUGCGCGUCGUGGCCGAAUGCGGGCGCACCAAAGCGCGCGCUUGCGAGCUGCGGCUGCCGCACGGCACUGUGGAGAGCCCGGUCUUUAUGCCGGUGGGCACGCAGGGAACCAUGAAGGGCCUCACCGCAACGCAGCUGGAGGCGCUCGGAUGCCGCCUGUGCUUGGGCAACACCUACCAUCUGGGCAUGCGCCCGGGACCUGAGCUUAUUAAAAAAGCUGGUGGGCUCCACGGCUUUAUGAACUGGCCACAAAACCUACUAACGGACAGUGGUGGAUUUCAGAUGGUCUCUCUGGUAACACUCUCUCAAGUGACUGAGGAGGGAGUACACUUCUGUUCUCCUUAUGAUGGCAAGGAGAUUUUGCUGACUCCAGAGAAAUCCAUUGAAAUACAGAAUGCGCUUGGUAACUAUCCCCUGUAGUACCAGCUGGGGAGCUGACUGAUGGUUCCUCCUCCUUCACAGCAGUGUAUCUCAUUUCUUCCAACAGCUAUUUCUCCACUGUCUUAGGAGUGCCAAAUACUUGUGGAGCACCAGGAGAAAUUAGUUAAGGUGUUUAUGAAUGUAUCCUCUACAGUGACUCUUUUAUUUCUUUAGGUAAUAGUGACUCUUCAUUGAAAAGCUAAAAUGGAUUUAAAGGGGCUUGAAAAUCCUGUGAUUAAUGUCAGUGCCCGCGUUGUUCUUAAGCCUGCAGAAUAAAAGAUUUGUGUCUACUCA